CUAGGCCAGUUCAUGUACGAUGGCAGCUGUAGUGGAGUCGCUGCAGCUUAUCCUCCUUGCCAUCGCAGUCAGAUGGGGUGAUGCCCUUCAUCGGGGAAUCCCGGUGCAGCAGCAAAACUACGGCUAUGUGAUGCAGAUCUACGGUCCACAGUUCCUGGCGGCCGGAUCGCUGUUCAGUGCCCGAUACGUCUUAACGGUGGCUCACUGUUUCAAGAAGAAUACCAAGCCGGAGGAGCUGUCAGUGCGCGCGGGCUACAGGUGGAUAGCCUGGGAGUUCAGGGGCAAGCCAGUGGCGGGACUCCUGCGCCACCCGAAGUUUUCGCCCCUAUCCCUGCGAAACGACAUCGCCGUGCUGAGGGUCAAGGCGGCCGUUACGCAUUCCCACAAGAUCAACUACAUCGGCCUGUGCUCGCGACCAUUGACCCCUCUUAACACGUUCGCACCGCCGCAAGAGCUUGCAGGCUGGAAUUUGAUGCAUAUCACCCAGCCCCUUAAAUCUAUGAGUGUUCAAGUGGAACCCGAGAAAAACUGUCGUCAAUGGUUUCCCCAGAUCUCGGGCGGCGUGACCUGCGCCUCAGCCACGAAGGGAGAGGGGCUGUGCUAUGGGGACUCCGGGGAUCCCCUGAUCAGCGAAGGAGAAGUAUGCGGUCUGGCAAUAGCCUUUCGAAAAUGCGGAGAUAAGCGGUAUCCCGCCCUCUUCACGGAGGUUCACUACCAUCGCGCCUUUAUCGCAAAAGCCGUGCUAACCUUGGACAGGGAAAUGCUGAGCAGGUCACGGAGCUGAGACGGGUGAACUAAUAUUAUACUUGUACUUAAAACUACGCCAAAAAGAUCACGUAAAACAUACCCAAUUGCAGCUGAACAAAGUGUGUUUGUGGUUAAAAGACUCACCUGCAAGAGAACAGAGGAAAAAUUCAAUUAUAACCGAGAAAAAGAAAGGCAACAAGAGCAGAAUAAAUUUUCUUUUUGGUGCAGUAUCGCAAGAGAGCUCUUACAAUAUAUACAAUACGCAUCUGAAUAUUUUUUGCCAUUUAAGGCACCCUUUGUUUGUGCAAAAAAGAAAAUUGAAGUCUUCAUCGAACUUACAGAGUACAGCAGCUCACACUUAUUGAUAAAUUCUAUCGACUGUCGUAUUCUUCUUGGUCCAAACUACUGUUUGCCUCCGAAGGCAAAUCAAUUUGCGCUCUACAUAAAAAAUCAACAAAAGGUCCCAAGUCUGAGUAGGUUUGGCAGAGGAAUUGGAAGGCGAGUUGGCUGCUUUUGGUCGCUCGAAAAUCACGGCACAUAACCCAUUAACCCGCCGCUCCAGCAAUGCAGGUGAGGCAAACGAGGAGGUCGGCGAUGACGAUUUACAUACAAUUCUCCCGGCGUUUUUCCCUCGCUUUUUCUGUAAGCCUGCCCUGCUCAGGAACAUUUAAUGAAUUCAUAUGUUUAAUAAAAUCUACACGUGAACAUGAAUAUACAGCGUGGCGGCGGAAAGGGAAUGGUGCCGCACAA